AUGGCUGCCGCUGGCGGCGUUCGUGGCUCCGAGCCUGGGCAGGCUUCGGCGCCGGGCACCGCCGGCGACACCUCCCUCCUCGGCAGCGCCACAGUGUGGCCCUUGAAGCGCUACGGUCGCUUCCUCCCCCCGAAGGACGGUGACGAUGAGCAGAGCACCUCUUGGAAGGUGUUUGAAUCAAAUGAAGAAUCAGGCCCUCUUGUCCUUACCAUUGUGGAGUCUGGCCAUUUCUUUAUUUCCCAAGACAGAACAGUGCUGGAAGGCUUUUCCCUGAUUGAUUCCCACAAGUGGCUGAAGAUAGUGAGGAAAGCAGAGUGCCUGCUGCUCCGGGCACAGGCCAAGAACGAGUGCCGCAUGUUCCGCGUGCAGUUCGGAGGCAGCUGCAAGGAGGAGAUGCAGGAGCAUUGCUGCAGCUGUGUCCAGAAACUCAGCCAGUACGUGCCGGUGCAGGGGGCUGAGGAACACAGCCAGCAGCUCUGCCACGGCCUCAGCCAGGACACCCAGGGCAUGGACACUGAGCACGCACCAGAUGAGCCUCUCCCAGACUCCUGCACAAGCCUUGGAGAAAGAAGAUCUGUAGCACAGCUCGCACAGUCGGUGCUGCGGCAGCGGCCGGAGCUGCCCGCGGCGUUGCGGCACCCGGCGUGGAGCGCCCGGGAGCUGGGGCCCUUCAUCCGCCUCUGCCUCAUGGACCAGCACUUCCCAGCCUUCGUGGAGGACGUGGAGAAGGAACUGCACAGACUGGCCGAGGAAUGAGGCACGCCCGGCGCGCCGUGGGCUGCGCGCAGCUCCGGUGAUUAAAGGUUGAAAAACACGGCCUGCA